AUGGGCAUUCAGCACCACAAGGACAAAGCUAAUCAGCUACAGCUGAUGCUCAUAGGCACAAGGUCAGUCUGCUGCCUGCCUGCAGCAAAGCACAAAGAUGAACACGUGUCUUUAUGGACAGGAGGACACUUUACUGAUGUGGUGUUGGAGGGUUCCAGCAACGCCAGCAACCUCUUCCUGGGGCUUCAGCUGGUCCAGUUCUUCAAACCUCUCAUCAUCCCUUGCUACUCCCUUGUGGUUUUUGUUGGCAUCAUUGGGAAUUACCUCCUCAUCUAUGUUAUCUGCAAAACCAAAAAAAUGCACAAUGUCACCAACUUCCUUGUUGGGAACCUGGCAUUCUCAGACAUGCUUAUGUGUGCCACCUGUGUCCCCCUAACCCUGGCUUACGCCUUUGAGCCUAGAGGAUGGGUCUAUGGACGCUUCAUGUGCUACUUUGUAUUUCUAAUGCAACCAGUCACAGUGUUUGUCUCUGUUUUCACUCUGACUGUCAUUGCUGUGGACAGAUACCAUGCCAUGGUCUAUCCGCUCCAGGGAAGGCUCACUAUACCCAUCUGUGCCUAUAUUCUGGCUGCUAUUUGGUUGCUGAGCUACAUUCUAGCUGCCCCAGCCUUGGUCCGCACUUACCAUGCAGAAUUCCCAGAACUGGACUUUUCUAUCUGUGAAGAAUUUUGGUUCCACAGGAAGAAGGAUCGCUUAGCCUACGCCUAUAGUACCCUCAUCCUCACAUAUGUCUUGCCUUUAACAGUUAUCUCUGUGUCCUACCUGAGGAUCUCCAUCAAGCUGAAGAACCGCAUAGUCCCUGGGAAUGUCACCCAGAGCCAAUCUGAAUGUGUCCGAGCCAGAAGAAAGAGGACCUUUCGCUUGCUGGUGUUGGUAGUAGCAGCCUUCGGCAUUUGUUGGCUGCCUCUGCACAUCUUUAAUAUCAUAAAAGACAUAGAUAUUAAACUAAUCAACAAGCAGUACUUUAACCUCAUUCAACUCCUCUGCCACUGGUUUGCUAUGAUGUCUGCUUGUACUAAUGCCUUCCUAUAUGCUUGGCUACACAAUAGCUUCAGAGCAGAGCUGAAGAAAAUGUUUUACUGGCAGAGAAAAAAGACAGGACCAGCCCCCAAUUGUAUUGUGGCUAGUGUGGUGCUAUAA